GGUGACGUCACAGGCCUUGUUGUAGCUACUUCCUGUCUAGGCUGCCAUAUUCUGGAAUAGACGAGCACUUUUGCGUAUAAUUUCCAAACAAAAUAUCCACCCGUCACUAAACCAAUAUAAUGAAAUAUUUCAUCUCUGUAGUCACGAUCGUCAGGAUAUUUAUUGUUUUCUUGUUUAUACAAAAAGCGUCUCUGGAUGUCACAGUCGAAGGUGUUGUCGGUGGUUCUGUUGUCCUGCCAUGUUCUGGAAAGGCACAUCAGGGUACACCUGAAGACUUAGAUGUAUUCUGGCGACAUAAAGAAAGCAUGGUUGUGUAUAAUAUAAUUAAAGGUAACGCGUCAGUAGAGAAACAAGAGUUACAGUACAAGAACAGAACUGAAAGUUUUCCUGAAAAUUAUUUGAAAGGAAACUUUUCCCUCCUUCUGAAAAAACUUCAAGAGACUGAUGCAGGAAAGUAUUCCUGUUUAAUCGGUGAAGAGUCAAUAAUUCGGAAGGUCGAACUUCUUGUCAAAGCGAAAUCAGAAGACCAAAACAACAAUCAAGCAGAUAAAUCAAAAGACAACAACAACCAAGGAGCACAAACAAGACCUGAGAUGAUUGCAAUGUUUUUGCUGCCUAUUUCUAUUCUGGUGUUUAUGUGAGUUUAUAACAUAAUCUGUAGUAUUUAUACAGUUUGUUGCUGUCUAAUGCAUGACAAACAUAUGAAGUACAAGUAUGUAUUGUGUGAGCGAUUUGAACAACUAUUCAGUGCACAUUAGCAACUGCACAUAAAAACUAUUUGCACUUAGCAGCUCUCAGCAAAAUGGUGUUUUAAAUUUAAAGACAUUUCAAAAGGAAUUUCUUUAAAAAUGUUAUAUGUGUUUGGCUUUACACUCCUUCAGUGAGCAUAAAUGUAUUAGUUGAACUUUUAAUAAUUGGCAUCCAGCCAUUGGUCUAAAUUUAAACUUUAGUCAUACAUUAAAGUCCAGAGAGAGCAGGUGUUUAAAAGCGGCUAAAAAGUAUGUAAGCUAAAACUUGUGUUUAAAUGUGUUUCUAGCUUUCAGAUUGUUGAAAUGUUUACAUGGUCACUGGUCAUUAUGUACAGUUUCUUGUUGCAUAUUAUUCAAAAAUAUAUAUAUGUUUUAUCGAAACAUACAUUUAAAAAAUCCUGGGUUAUUUCCAGCUUUAGGUCAAAAUAUGGAAAAUUGGUUAUAAUUUAAGCUAUGAUGGGUUGUUUCAAUGCAAAAUUCUGUCUUGUUUUACUUUUAACCCAGCAGCAUUUUUUAGUGUGUGAUACUUGCGUGACUUUUGAAUGGCUUUCUUUUUAAACCAAUGUCUUCAAAGCUAAAAAGCGUAAACUUUUUUAAAAGUUAUUUAUAUUUUAUACUUAUGUAUUAUUAAGACUCCCGUUUCCGUUAUGAUGUUUAAAAUUAGGAUGUUUGGUUUGUUUGACUGUUGAUCUACAUUUAUUUUCAGACAAAUUAAGAUUAAAAGAAAAUGUGUAAAAUUUACAUAAAAGACAUACAGUAAAAUGACAAUUAUAAAUGAGGUCUACCCAACACAGAUAAGCGACUGUUAUGCAGCUUGUAGUGUUUAUGUUGUUGCCUGUGUUUCAAGAAAAUAAAUGCCCACCUGCAUAUAAAUGUUGUCUGUCCAAAUAUUUUAUACAACAGAGUCUAAAGUGUUUG